AUGGCUCCAGAUCCCGGACAAGCGCUGUUUGACGAAGAGGAGAAUUCUGGGCGUUUUGGGCCGGGCCCAGCUCAGUUUGGCCCCCCGGCCUCUCGUGGGUCGCUCACCCAUGAUCUCUGCGCCGGGGCGCCCACCGUGCCGGUCAACAAUACCCGAUGCCAAGGGCAAUGUGUCGUAGAAAGACGAGGGGUGGAGAAUCCUGGAGAAGACGCUUCAACAGUGAGCAGUGGCACGAUCAUUGAAAGCAGUGCGGAUGGCGCCGAUAGAGUCGCCUAG